AAGUCAAACAUGGUGUAACACGUCAGUAGUUUCGCUGUCUCGGCCCCGGACCGUGUCGUGUGGAGGCGGGUUACAGUGACGUUUGUCUGCUAAGUUUCUAAACUAAAGAUUUAGCUUCGUCCUGCGGGUAAAUAACAGAAGCUCACGUCGUCGUAAUGGGAAACAAGGAGCUGAGUCUUAUUGACAAGGAAAUAACAAGCUUGCUGGAUAUCCCCCUGAGUCCAACUGUAACAUCCCUCAAUCUGCACUGUAAUCACAUCCCGAGGAUCGAGGGCCUGACCUCAGCUUGGCAUCUGCAGCACUUAGACCUUUCUUCCAAUUGCAUUUCUAAGAUUGAGGGUUUAAGUUCCCUCACUUCCCUCAGGACAUUAAAUUUAUCCUGUAACUUAAUCACGAAGGUUGAAGGACUGAACGGCCUCGUGAACCUAACAAGAUUAAACUUGUCCUACAAUCAGAUAUAUAACCUCACAGGUUUGCUGUACCUUCUUGGUACGGAGUACAAGCUGAAUUUCCUUGGUCUCCAUAGCAACAACCUGGACCACAUUGAUCACCUGCUGCAGUGCCUGCUGGGAUUGCAAAGUUUAAGAGAGGUGACUUUAAGCCAGGAUGGCAAAGGCAACCCAGUGUGUAGAUCACCAGGUUUCAGGGAGAUCAUCAUGCAGUCAUUGCCACAGAUCUCUGUCCUGGAUGGAUUGGACCUACAGGGUAACCCGGUAGAUCUAGGUCCAGGCAGCCUCUGUGAUAUCCCCGAUCUCGAGGACUAUGUGGACCUCGUGCUUUCCUCAGAUACAAGUCACAGUGAAAAUCGUAAAGUGGAAGCCCCUCUGACCACACCACACAUUGACAAGGUGCUGACCCAGUUUCAUCAGCGGGUUGCAUCUGAAGAAGUCACAGAUCCAGCUGCACAACCGGAUCGCCAGAGCUUCCACACAGUUCCCUCCACUGAUGCGGCUGACCCUGUUAAUGAACAGCGCAUAAGGAAACUGGAACACCAGGUGUCCCAGCUCAUCCAGCAGGUGCCUGCAGGUCAAAAAUCCGCUGACUCCGCUCAUCCUGUGGUGCCGUUACGAAAAGCCAAGAGGGACAUAGACCGCACUUCGGAGAGUGAGUGUGACAGCGGGAAGGAGAACAGGAGGCGCACCAGAAUCCCCAAACAUCCUAACAGCAUACCAACGAGGAGGACAACCAGCAAGGAGAAGACAAACAGGAGAUCAGACGGCGAUCAGGAGAACCAGAAACAGAAGAGCUCAAAGUCGGCUGCGGUGCCUCAGAGGAAGACCAGCGACACAGACGCAGCAGGGUCAACAAGGAGCAAACCUAUGAGAGCUGCCAAGGCCUCAGGCAGUGUGAGAACCAAGUCCACUGAGGAGCAGGAAACCUACAGGACCAUUGUCGAGGAACGGGACCAGGAGCGAGAGAGGCGUUGGAAAGCCGAGCAGGCUGUGAGGAAGUUAACAGAGGAGCUGAAGUGCCUGCAGACAAAGGUCAGCGAGGAAAAAGACCUGCAGAGCAUGGCCGUGCACACCACAGACCGACUGAAGGAAAUGUUGCUGAAGGAGCGUUCGGGGCACUCUGAGCUGCAGACUCGUGUUGAGGAGCUGCAGGGGAGGUGUCAGUCCCUAACCCAGCAGCUGGAGAAGGCCCACGGCAGUGAAGAGCAACACAAAACUGCACUGCAGCGACUGGAGGAAAGCAUCUCCCACGGAGAGACACUCAGGGCUCGCCAGCAGGCUGAAGAGAUGAAGCAGCACCAGGAGCUGGUAAACAAGGCAGUAGCUCUGAAGAGAGAGCUGGACAUUCACAGAGUCUCUGUACGGAAGCACAAAUACAAACUGCAGCAGCUGCAUGAGCUGCUCGCAACCAGGGAACAAGAGCACAGAAAACAGCUGGAGUUGCGGCUGCAGCCUGGCGGGGCAGACUUCCGUGAAUCGGUGGCAAAAGAAGCAGCAUUGAUGGAACAGAGACUUGCUCACAGGGAGGCUGAGCUGCAGGAGAGACUGACGGAUGGCAGGAAACAGUACGCUGCUCUGGAGGACGAGUUCCGCAUGGCACUAACCAUCGAGGCUGGUCGCUUCUCUGAGGUGAAGGAGGCGUGUGAUCAGAUGGCUGCAGAGCUGAUGGAGCUCAAGGCGACCCUCGCCCAGUCCCAGCAGAGGGAGAAGAAGUCCGCCUCUUUGGUGCAGGAGCUCACAGCCAUGGUCAAAGAGCAGAAGAGCCGCAUCUCUGAGCUCAUCAAAGCCAAGAGAGAUACCGUCACUGAUCUGAAGAGUCGUCUGCAUUCCUUGGAAGCAGAGGUGGAGCAGGAUCGGCGUCUCGGCCUGCAGCUCGAGCUGCUCAAGAAAGACAAAGCACGGCUUAUCUCUCAGCUCACAGCUCAGGAGUCAGUGAUAGAUGGCCUCAGGGCAGAGAGGCGGAUCUGGGGCGAGGAGCUCGCUCUGCAAGGAUCGUCUUUAGCUCAGGAUCGUGGGCGCCUGGAGGCGAGGAUCGAAGUGCUGAGCAUUGAGCUCAACACGCAGAAGAAACAGAACGAAGGAGACAAUGACGCCCUCAAAAUCAAGACCAAAAUCAUUGAUGACCAGACAGAGACCAUCCGCAAACUCAAAGAGGCUUUGCAGGAGCGUGACGAUCAGAUCCGUAGGCUGCGUGAGGAGGCAGUCCAGACCCAGAAGAGGCUCCAGCAGCAGCAGGAGGAGGAGGCAGCUCGGCAGGCUGAGCUGAGAGAGCGUCUGGAACAUCUCAGCCUGCGUAAGGAGGAGCUGAAACAGCAGCUGGGGGACAAAGAGGCAGAGCUCAAGGAGGUUGAAAGAGUUUACAGAGAUUCCAGUGAGAAGUGGCAGGAGAAGGCAGACCUGCUCACUCGGUUGGAGAGCCAGGUUAAGCGCAUGAAGGACAACUUUGAUUCCAAGGAAAGCUUGCUGCUUGAGGAAAGAGAUCAAGCAACAGAAGCACACAGAACCGCUGUGGAGAAGUUGCACUGUGUGGACGAUGCAUUCCGACAACAACUGGAGUCUGUCCAGGCUGCUCAUCAAGCUGAGCUCGUACGACAGGCUAGUGAAAAGCAGCAACAAAUAGAACAAGCCAAUCAAAAGGUCUUUGAAGUGGAGCAGGAGAUGCGUCAGCUUCUGGAGGAGACGGAGACGGAAAGGAAAAUCAUGGAGGAGAAAAUGAAACGUCUCACUAGUGUGCUGAAAGACUUUUAACCCAUGAAAUAUUGUGUGUCAGCUACAGAAAUGUAUAUAUGAAAAUGCUAAAUUUGUAUUAAAUGUACAAAUCUAUUUUGGUGCUAAGUUAUUUUGUUUGAAUAUAUCAUGAUUUAUGUAAUA